UCCUCUCCCCCCAAAAAAGCCUCUGAAGCUACCAACUAACUAGAAGGCAAGAAGAAAAAGCUCUAGCUGUCCUAAGACAAAUUUCCCAAAAUUUUAUAAAUGUAUAUCAGAAGCCAGGUCAGAGCUGGCAGGUACUAGAGAUGACGGCUUGGCUAUACUGCCUUUGCUGCAAUUUUGUGUUUUGGCUGCUGUCUCUGCUGUGUUUGAACCCUAGCUCCAGUGGUAUCUUAGAAGGAAAAGUUUCCCCAACAUCAUUACCCCGCAUCAAACCCAGCUACAGUUUUGGUCGAGCUUUUCUGGGACUUGAUAAAUGCAAUGCCUGCAUUGGAACAUCAAUUUGCAAGAAAUUCUUUAAAGAAGAAAUAAGAUUUGACAGCUGGCUUUCUUCUCAUUUAAAACUGCCUCCGAACUACCUCCUUUGCUACUCUGGAAACUACACCGAUGACACUAAAAGUUGGCGGCCAGUUGAAAUCUCCAGAUUAAUGACAAAAUACCAGCAUGACCAAUCUGACAAGAGAAUCUGUACUUCUCUUACCUUUGCUAAAAGCUGCAGCAUUGAGCGAGCUUUAUGGAAGACUGAGAGAUUCCAGAAAUGGUUGAAAGCAAAACGCCUCACCUUAGACCUAGUUCAGGGCCUUCCUACACCAUUGCUUCGCUGCCCAUCUCAGAGGCUGCUGGACCGGAUUGUGCGACGAUAUGCUGAAGUGCCAGAUGCUGGUAGCAUCCUCAUGGACCAUUUCUCAGAUCGGGAUAAAUUACGCCUACUGUAUACACUGUCAGUUAAUACACAUCCCAUUAUCUUACAGAUCUUUCCUGAAGCAGAAGGGUGGCCUUUUCCAAAAUACUUGGGGUCUUGUGGCCGGCUAAUAGUCACUACCAGCACCAGACCUUUGAAGGAAUUUUAUAGUGUUUCUCCUGAUGUGGCAGCAGACCUAGCUCUCCAACUUCUUGCUAUCAUUGACUCCAUGAUGAAUAAUGAUCUGAAUUACUACUUCUACUUCACCCAUGUUGAUGCUGACACAUUUGGAGUUUUUACCAAUGGGUAUUUAUUCAUCCGGGAUGCCAGCAGACUAGGAAUCAUUGACAUGCAAGAAGGAACCGCAUUGAUGGAAGACCAGCAAGCACAUAAUGACAUAUUCAGCUGCUUGGCUGUGGACUGUCAGUCUGUGCUUCCCUCCUGUAACUCCAUCAAGCACACUCAGAACCUCUUCAUGGUGUGUGAGGAGGUUUUGCCUAAACUUUUAAAGGACAAAUUCCUGCCUUCUAUUCAAGAUGAGAUUGACAGUGCUCUGGCCAUUUGUGCUGACAGUUUCUUAGCUCAACAAAAAGUCAUCUCUGGAGCUCAGAAGCUGGCAGAGAUUUUGAAGCCUCUCCAACCUUGCCACUCUCAUUUUGCCUACCGCUACCCUGAUUGCAAAUACAAUACCAAAUAAAUCCAGGUGGGCAGCCAUGUUGGUCUGAAGCAAAAGAAAAAAAAUAGAGACCAGUGGCACCUUUAAGACCAAUGAAGUUUUAUUCAAGGUAUGAGCUUUCGUAUGUAUGCACACUUCUUCAGAUACAUAAAAAUGGAUGAUAACUGUUCAGACUUAAAGACAGAGCCUGAACAGCAUAUUAGCAUGUAACAUGAUGGAAGUAUUUUAAGAUAUGGGGAGACAAAACAGGAAUAACAAGUUAAGUUAUAUAUGCUAAACACAUUCUCCCCAAGAAGGGCUAUACAUCCUCUGAAUUUUAAUGCACUUCUCUUUGGAAUAACAUGUUGGAAUCUUGUUUGUAACACAAUGCAAUAUAUAAGAAUAGAUUUCUCUGACACAACACCUCUAAAGAACAAAAUAUUGAUACAAUAUUUAGAAUAUAUUGGUAUAGUUAUUGUAACGUAAUGCAAUGAAAAUUGAAAUGUGUAACAUUGAGCCCCACCCCAACAACAAAAAAUACUGCUUAUUACCUUCAUGUGUGAAAAGUGACAAAUGGAGCAUUGUGAAGGAGUCUCAGAUAAUUCCCACAAUUAGAAAUAUUUUUUUACAGUUAUUUCCUAUUUUGACAUAAUUAUUGCUUCACUGUUGUUCCUCUUUAAGAAGAAAAAGAAGAAGACUGCAGAUUUAUACUCUGCCCUUCUCUCUGAAUCAGAGACUCAGAGCGGCUUACAAUUUCCUGACUUCUCCCCCCACAACAGACACCCUGUGAUGUAGGUGGGGCUGAGAGGGCUCUCACAGCAGCUGCCCUUUCAAGGACAACGCCUGCAAUAGCUAUGGCUAACCCAAGGCCAUUCCAGCAGCUGCAAGUGGAGGAGUGGGGAAUCAAACCCGGUUCUCCCAGAUAAGAGUCCACACACUUAACCACUACAUCAAACUGGGUAAUUAAAUCCAAACAACUUUCGACCCUAUAAACUUAUUAUUCCUGUUUUGCCUCCACAUAUCUUCAUCAUAUUACAUGCUAAUCUGCUGAUCAGCCUCUGUCUAUAAGUUUUAACUGUUACCUUCCAUUUUUAUGUAAUUGAAGAAGUGUGUGUGCACACAAAAGCUCAUACCUUAAAUAAAACUUGGUUGGUCUUAAAAGUGCAACUGGGCUCUAACUUUGUUACAACAUCAAAUAGUAAAAAUAUGUUUGCCUGGAAUGCUGGAGCUGUCAUCCACAUGCCUCUUUCAUCUUUGAAGUCGAAAGAAUGACAUUUAGCUUGCUAUGUGGCAAUAAAGACUGAUUGAAUUGAA